AUGAGGCUGAUUACUUUAUCUAUCAAGAUUGUAGCCACCUUUCUACUUACCCGAUCGAGCUUACGAUCAAAUCGUGUACUUGCUUUGAACACAAAUGUACCCUCUCCCGGUCAAAAGGGUCCAUUCUUAUGGGAUUUGAAUGAAGAAGCCAGCUCGCAGGGAAGCAGUGGCUUAAGUCUUCACAAUGAUCAUGCGACGCAUGAGAUUACAUCGAAGCUGAAUAACAUUGAAAGAGGUGUGGAACAUCGACUUUCUGGCUCGAAACGACCGAGAAAUUUGGACAGCGAUCCCACAGAACAGUCCGCUUGGGGUGCAAAAAAGGCAAGAGACGCAAUCAAGAGGCCACGGAAAGAUUUAACAAGCUUUAAAUACAUGGCGGGCUUCGCGGAAGCCACUCAAAAGGUAUCAUCAGUAGAUCAUCUCAAGCCAUUUUCAAAACAAAACACGGUAAGUAUUCAUUGA